UUGUCGGAAACUAUACACGUACAAUAGGUACAAUAGGUCGAGAGCAUUCAAGACGUGACAGGUGCCUUAUCUUUAGUGAUUUGUCGGUUGACAAUUAUCAAUUAGGGGAAGCAAGGCUCAUAAGAUGAAGGAGCAAAAGAUUCAGAUAGACGACGUAAACAUUAAUUUCAUUCGAAACGGCACGGGCGAUCAUCCGGUGCUAUUGCUGCCUGGAGUAUUAGGAGCAGGAUGGUUAAUUUUCGCACCGCAGAUUGAAGAUCUGAACACAGAGAAGCUGACUAUAGUGGCGUGGGAUCCACCUGGUUAUGGAAAAUCACGGCCACCUGAUAGAACUUACCCGGAUAAUUAUUAUCAGCGUGAUGCAAUGUGGGCUCAUAGUCUGAUGAAGACCCUGGGCUACUCGAAAUUCUCCUUAGUCGGCUGUAGCGAUGGCGGUACCACAGCGCUUUUGCUCGCCGCCACAUAUCCUGAGAGCAUCCGCAAGAUGAUCGUUGUCGCUACAAGAUCAUACAUACAUCCAGAUGAGAUCAAUACACAAGAAGAUGCGGCAGACAUUGACAACUUUCCAGAAGAUUUGAGGGAACUUUUGGUGGAAAUUUAUGGUGUGGAUUAUAUCAAACAGACUUUGUCGAAGUGGUUUGACGCUGCGUUAAGAUUCUACAACAAGCAGGAUGGUGACCUGUGCAAGCAGGCUUUACCGAAAAUAAACUGCCCAACGUUGAUUCUUCAUGGAUCUAACGAUCCAUUGCUUGUACCAGAUCAAGCAUUGGACCUGAAGCAGAAUAUUAUCAACUCAACGAUAUACAUUUAUGAGAAUGAUACACCUAAUGAUAUUUCCAUACAUCCCGAAGCGUUUAAUAAGGUAAUAACAGAGUUUCUCUUGGAAAAAUAAAAAAUUGAUAAAAAUAUGUUCGAAAAAUAUUAACCAUACAUACAUUAUAUGGAUAAAGAAUUGUUCGAACUUUUAAUUAUGAAAUAAAAUUUUAUUAUG